AUGAUACGGUUACGAUAUAUUCUGUUCUGCAAGAAUAUUCUGAAGAAAUACAAAGAAAAUGAGAUAGUAAACAAAAACAUUACUCUUCUAUCUAAAUUGAAAACACCUGGGCAUUGCAGUAGUAGAGGAAUAGAUAGAGAAAAAGGAAGAGAGGAAAAGCUAAUGGAAGGAGUUAGUGAUAUUAUUAAUGAAGGAAAAAAAGAAAAAAAAAAAUUAUUUUUAAAAAAAUUGUUUUUCGUAGCCUUAUUAUUUUAUAGUACGUAUGAAAGCAUAGAUUUACUACAAAAGAAUAAGGAGUAUGUUAAGAAAAAAUUAGGAAAUUAUUUAGUAUUAUAUGAUAUUAUAGAAAUAAAAAUAAUACCCCAAAAAAUAAUUUUUGAUAAAAUGGUCGAACGGAUGAAAGAGUGUAUAAUGAGGUAUAUGAAAUAUAUACAAGGAUUGAACCAGUAUUAUAAUUACAUUAAACUAAUGAUUACAGAAUGUUAUAAUAAUGUCAAUAUUUUUUUUAAUAUACGAGUGAAGAAUAUUUUAGAACUAUAUCCUGUCUCUACAAGUCGAAAGGGUAUAAAUAAUAACGUACCCAAUUUUACAAACACGAAAAAACUACAGAAUAUGAGGGAGAACAAAACAGAAAAAGAGUUUCUUCCCCACAACAAUGAAAUUAACAAGUCUGUUGAACAGGAGAUAAAGGACAAACCGAUCGACAUUUACUUAAGUGAUUCAAAAACAAAUCCAGCUGAUGUGCAUGAUAUGAGUAACGAUAUAAAAAAUGUAGAAAGUUUCAUCAACAAAUUAAAUAUCUCAAAUAUGAAGGAGGAAAGGGAUGAUGAAUAUAUGAACAAUGAAAAACACACUAAGCUAUGUCCUAUCGACUACAAUGAUAACUCAUAUAACUCUAUUAGUAAUAAUUAUUUUACGAGUUCUAAUAAUACAAACAUAACAGGCGUUAAUAUAGAAAGGGAAGAUGACGAAUCAGCGGACAUCUUGAAAUAUCAAGAGAACAUCGAAUUAGAGAAAAACUUUCGUACUGCGUAUGAUAGAAGUACAGAACCUACUGAGAAAACACCUAAAGAGGAAAAUAAUAAAAUAUACUUUAAUAUACUUCCGUUUGAGGAAGAAAAUAUCCCCAUAGAAGACCAUAAUAUAAAGGGGAAAGAGUUAGAGAGGGCGAAUUGUGAAGCAGGUACUACUUUUGAUGAAAAUUUACCAGGGGGGAAGAAAGGGACCUAUUGGAGUGCCUCUAGUGUGCUAGAGGACGAACGGUUUGAACGUAAUCCAGAAUAUGUGGAUAUUAUGAAGGGUACAUGUGAGGCUAUAGAGAAUAAUGGAGAACAUGAGGUCGUAAUGACUUUUAAGAGUCAAAAUGGAAGGGACGCAAUAGCAGACUCUUCUGCGGAUAAGGAAGCUGAGGGUGAGGGGAAAAAGAUUUUUACCUUUCCAGAUGGUGAUGAUACAUAUAAAGAACUAGACCGUGAAAUGCUUCAUUCUGCUGAAGGUGUUCAUAAGAAUGUAUUAAUGACGCAAACGGAGAGGAUCAUUCACAAUAUGGAGAACUGUAAAGAGAGGUGUGGUGAUGAUAAUGAGAUAAAAGAACAUACGCAAUCUGAACAUACUGUUGAAGCAGAAGAAGUAGAAAGAGAAAGUGAAUACCUAAAUAAUUUUGAUAAUAUGGCUAGUCCGACAACGUCAAAUAGCACUUUCGAAGGAACAAUAAAACAGUCCAGUUUUAAUAAAAUUUUUGAAAAGGAUAUAAAAAAUUUUGUAAAAAAUAUAAAUAAUUUAAAUAAAGAAGAAUUAAAAUGUAAGAUGAUAGAAAUGUUUAUAAAUGAACUAAUAACAGAAAAGUAUAAAGACAUAUUAAUGGAAGAAGAAAAGUGGGCACUAAAAAAAAUACUGACAAUUAAAUAUAAUAAUAAUUAUUUGAGAAUGAAAAAAAAAUUACAAAAAGAAUUAAAACGAUCUAUGAUAAAAAAAUUAAAAGAAGAAGAAAAAGUAUUAAGGGAAAAUUAUAAAAAGGAAAAAGAAAAUUUUGAAAAUCAUAUUAUGAAUAGGAAACAGGAAGAAAUUAACAUGGAAAAAGAUAAACUAGAAAAGGAGUUAACACUAGUCCAGGAGAAUUAUUUGAAAAAAAUGAAUAUAUAUGCAUUUGAUAUUAAUAGGAUAAAAGAAAUUAUAACAGAAGAGCAACUAAAACAAACAAAACUAGAAAGCAUAAAUUACAUUCAAAAUCAGAUAGUAAAUUUACAGAAUUGUAUAAUUCAAGAUUUAUCUGUUGAGUCAGCUUUGCUGGAUUUAAAAAAAUGUCUAGAGAGAGAUACAUUUUUAGAAAAAGUUUUUAAAGUAUUACCUUAUAAUUUCUUUUCUCGAACAUUCAAACCGACUAGUAAUAAUAAUGAGAAAAUCAAGAACGAGUUUCUUAUUUUAUAUAAGCAAAGUGUGAAGGAGGCAUUUUUAGAACAACAAAAAAAUAGCUAUUUUAGAAAAAUAGUCAGCACAUUUAUGUCUUAUCUGUACAUUAAUCAUCAGUCCACAUUAAAUAAAAUUUUAAUGCACACAAUAAAAGAAAAUACAAUUCUUAAAGCGAACUUGCUGAAUCUAUCGUAUGCCUUAAACAGCAUUGAACAAAAUAAUUUCAUAGACGCAUUACAGUAUAUAGAUGACUUAACUGGAAAUUGUAAAAAAACGUUUAAUCCUUUUAACGAACAUAUAAAAAAUGUAAUUUUGUUUAAGUUCUACUUAAGACUGGCUGUCUCAAGGUUAAUACUAACAAGUAAAACGUUGAGGAGUUGUCCCUAA